AUGUCAGCGUCCAGUAACAACGUCCAAGCUCCUCCAGCUCAGAUCCCAAAAUCUGUCAAGUUUCUCUUCGGAGGACUGGCAGGAAUGGGUGCUACUGUAUUCGUUCAACCACUAGAUCUAGUCAAAAAUCGAAUGCAGUUAAGUGGUGUUGGUGGAGGAGCAAAAGAACACAAAACAUCAUUUCAUGCUUUAAAACAUAUACUGAAAACAGAAGGUCCUUUAUCUGUUUAUACAGGGUUAUCUGCAGGUUUAUUAAGACAAGCUACUUACACUACUACCAGGUUGGGUAUUUAUACAACUUUAUUUGAAAAAGCUUCUGGAAGUGAUGGGAAACCACCAGGAUUUUUAACUAAAGCAGUAAUAGGUGUUACAGCAGGUGGAAUCGGAGCUUUUGUUGGUACACCAGCAGAAGUUGCUUUAAUCAGGAUGACAUCAGAUGGCAGACUACCACCAGAUCAGAAAAGAGGUUAUAAGAAUGUUAUUGAUGCUUUAUUAAGAAUCUGUAAAGAAGAGGGUGUUGUUACUAUGUGGAGGGGUUGUAUACCAACAGUUGGCAGAGCAAUGGUAGUGAAUGCAGCACAAUUAUCUACUUAUUCACAGGCCAAACAAAUACUUGUACAAUCAGGUUACUUCCAUGAUGGUUUGUUUCUACAUUUCUGUGCUAGUAUGAUCAGUGGGUUGGCUACAACAGCAGCAUCUAUGCCUGUAGAUAUUGCUAAAACUAGAAUUCAAAGUAUGAAAAUUGUAGAUGGUGUACCGGAAUAUAAAGGUGCUCUGGAUGUUUUGGGUAAAGUUAUAAAAAAUGAAGGUUUUUUCAGUUUAUGGAAAGGAUUUACACCAUAUUAUGCCAGACUAGGGCCACAUACAGUUCUAACAUUUAUCUUUUUAGAACAAAUGAAUAAGUAUUAUAAGAAAAUUGUAUUAAAGGAUACAAGUGGUGUAGGUGGAGGAUUAUAAUGUAGGUGAUUAUUAGGUCACAAAUAAAUCUUACGCAAUGAAGGUUUCACAACAGCACAUUACAAUUACAGUACAGUUAUAUUGAUAUAAAUAUUCAGAACUGUUGAGCAUGUGAAUUUACACUAUAUGUGAUAUGACAGCAAGUUGCUGUUGUGAAACCUCAUGUUCAAAUGAUAACAGAUAGUCACUUAUAAAUUUACUGGUUAUCACACUUCCUGUUAGCAAGAGGUCUGUGUGGCAUGGAUAAGUAAGGUAUGAACAGAUAUUUCUCUGUUUAC